AUGAACACGAUCAGGGAAGACCGCUUUUAUGAUACGGAGGUGCCGUUCAUCAAGUGUAUCGGGACACCCAGAGAGAUCGGAUUGGCACAUGGGUCAGGGGCGAAAGACCGCAUUUCCAAAUGUAUCGCCAUAUAUACUGAGCUCUACAAGCUCACUGCUGGGAUAGACUGGGAUGAGGCCAAAGAAAAAGCAGCUAAAUUCAAGCCGUACAUCCAACAGCACUUCCCCGACUUGAUAGAGGAGAUGGAGGGGAUCGCAGAAGGAGCAAAUCGAGAUGUUUUGGACAUUUUGACGCUUAAUUUUCGCUCUGAAAUCGUGCUAACAAACUACUCCGACGGUUGUACCUCGAUUGCAACCUACAACGAGGAGCUCGACGAGACGUACGUGGGCCAGAACUGGGACUGGAUUCCCGAAAUGAAAGCCGGAUCCGUAGUAUUGGACAUUCAGAAGAAAAACUGCCCUCGGAUAAUCCUUUGUACGGAGGCGGGGAUCAUAGGCAAAAGUGGCUUUAACGGCGACGGAGUAGGACUAGUACUAAAUGCACUGAAGUGCGGCAAAAUGGCACUGAAAUUGCCCAUCCACUGUCUUUUAAGACUAGCGUUGGAAAGUUCCUCGGUUGACGAAGUUGAGAAGCUGUUUUUCGAGUAUGGUUGUGCAAGUUGCGCUAAUGUUAUGGUGGCUGAUCGGUCGAACUGCUUAAAGUCCUUUGAAAUUACCCCAUUGGGUGUGGCGGUGAUAGAACCCACAGGUGGCGUAGUUCUCCAUACAAACCAUCUAUUUGCAGAUGUUCGCUUUGUCCAGGACUUUCCAUCCCCAAAUUCCUUUUCGAGACUGGAGCGCAUACGGGAACUGUCCAAGGAUGCUCCUCACACGAUCGCUAGCAUGAGAGAGCGUUUCUCCGAUCUUGACAACGAGCCUUACUCGAUUUGCAGGGCGUUCAUCCCUGGAGCAGUCGGCGUUGAAUCAAUGAUCACAUUGAUGACAAUUAUUAUGAACGUCUCAAGAAAUGAAGGAGAGGUCAGUUAUGGUAGACCUGCGGAAAACCCAAAGGUUUACAGACUAUUUUUCGAUUGA